GCGUCGCGUCGCGUCUACGUCUUUCAAAAUCCAACAACACUUCAACUUCGUCAAAACAAAGCGGCCAUGGCUUCCGACAAUGCGGCACAGCUGGAGUAUCACAAGAUGCAGCUCGUGGGCAGCCUCAACGCGCUCGCCCACAACAUGCGCGAGUGCGCGGCCAUCGCAGACGCGUUCGUGCACACGCUCAACUAUGGUUCCAACCCCCAGCCCUUCCCGCCCCUCGGCGCGAACGGCCAGUUCCCCAUGACCAUGGUCCCUAUGCCGGUGGCUCACGACGAUGGCAAGAAGCGCAAGGCGCGCGGGGAUGACAAUGAGGCCAAGAAGCGGGCCAAGAAGAUUAAGGAUCCCAACGCGCCGAAGCGGCCUGCGUCGUCGUACAUCCUCUUCCAGAACGACGUCCGUAGUGAGCUCAGGAAGAAGAACCCCGAGAUGCGCAACAAUGAGCUCCUGAGCCACAUUGCCAAGCUGUGGUCCGAGAUGCCGCAGGAGCAGAAGGAGGCGUACGAAGCGCGUAACAGGUCUGAGAAGGACCGAUGGCUCGCGGAGAAGGCCGUUUACGAGUCUACCGGCAAGGCUGGUGAGCCGUCGGGUAUUCCAAUGCAGAUAGCCCCGGUGCCGAUUGUGGCCCCCAUCAAGGCCCCCGUGCCUCCCCCUGUCGCGGCGACCCCGUCGUCCUCCGAUGAUACCUCAGGCGAGGACGACAGCGAGGACGACUCCAGCUCGGAUGUCGAUGAGUCCGCGAUUCCUCCGCCCAAGAAGUCGAAACGGGAGGUCGCUGUAGCCCCCGCAAAAGACGAGGCCACACCGAAGAAGGAGAAGAAGCAUAAGAAAGCGAAGGCGUAAAGGGGCUUCGGCGCUGCUUGUAUGUUUGCUUACGCGGAUAUGUCCCUCGUUCUUGAUGCUGGGCGUGGCUUGAUGACCCUUUCGAACUUGUUCAUAAGAUAGUAGUGCUGCUUGUUCAUAAUUACGAGUUAUGGCACUGAGGUGCGCUUGAUCAAAAUUCCUGUUUCCCG